CAGUCCCUCCAACAAAUUUUUUUAUUUACUGCUGGAGUUUAUCAUUAUUCUAACUCCACUAUUAGCGCUCUCCGCCAGUCUCUGCAGGCUCCAUAGCAUCCUUUUUUUUUUAUCUCCAAUGGCGUCUACUCUGAGCACCGUUUUGUCCAUAAGUGCAUCCAAUAUCCACAAUAGACGAGUUCGGACUCGGUCGCUUCUCCCCCCUCUCUCUAUUUCUGGCACAAGACGUCGGCUUGCUAUAAGAGCAGCAGAGACCGAUGCAAAUGAAGUUAAACCUCAGGCGCCGGAUAAGGCGCCCGCUGGUGGUGGUUCGAGUUUCAACCAGCUACUUGGUAUUAAAGGAGCGAAGCAAGAAACUAACAAAUGGAAGAUCCGUCUUCAACUCACAAAACCUGUUACUUGGCCUCCUUUGGUCUGGGGAGUAGUUUGUGGAGCUGCUGCUUCUGGGAACUUCCAGUGGAACUUGGAGGAUGUUGCCAAAUCAAUUGUUUGCAUGAUGAUGUCUGGCCCAUUUCUUACUGGCUACACGCAGACACUCAAUGAUUAUUAUGACCGAGAAAUUGAUGCUAUUAAUGAACCUUAUCGUCCAAUUCCAUCAGGGGCUAUUUCUGAGAAUGAGGUAAUUACCCAAAUCUGGGUACUGCUUCUAGGAGGGCUUAGCUUGGCUGGUAUAUUGGAUGUGUGGGCAGGGCAUGACUUUCCUACAGUAUUCUACCUUGCUUUGGGUGGAUCCUUGCUGUCAUACAUAUAUUCUGCUCCACCUUUGAAGCUGAAACAGAAUGGAUGGAUUGGAAAUUUUGCCUUGGGAGCAAGCUAUAUCAGUUUGCCAUGGUGGGCUGGUCAAGCUUUGUUUGGAACCCUUACACCAGACAUAAUAGUUCUCACUCUCUUAUACAGUAUAGCUGGGCUGGGAAUUGCCAUUGUGAACGACUUCAAAAGUAUUGAAGGAGAUAGAGCAUUGGGUCUUCAGUCACUUCCAGUAGCUUUUGGUGCUGAAACUGCAAAAUGGAUUUGCGUUGGUGCUAUUGACAUAACUCAGAUCUCAGUAGCUGGUUAUCUGCUAUGGUCCGGUAAACCUUAUUAUGCUUUGGCAUUGCUUGCUUUGAUAGCUCCUCAGAUUGUUUUCCAGUUUCAGUAUUUUUUGAAGGAUCCUGUCAAGUAUGAUGUUAAAUACCAGGCUAGCGCACAACCUUUUCUUGUGCUCGGCUUGCUGGUGACUGCUUUAGCCACAAGUCAUUGAUAUUUCGUCGUGAGGCAAUGACACAGUCGAGUAGCAGACCGUGGUAGGAAAACCUGCGAAGGCGCACAAGUGAAUAUCACACCAGACAAUCCGCACAGGCUGUGCUCCUAGGCAGCUUCUCUUGUAAUAAAGCUUCCUCAAUAUUUUCCCCCUCGUUUCUCUCCGCUUUCUGUUUUCUUCUCUCUCCUGUCCCUCGUUUCUUCUCUUUCCUCACCUAUCCAUUUUCCUUCCCGGGACCAGACAAGAGCGCAAGAAGCCUAGUGUAUAUUUUUAGGGGUUUAACUUAAGCUCGUUGAAAUGCUCAAAUGAAUGUUCACAUUAUAAGAAGUAAUGCCUUAAUUUCACCAUUUGAAGCAAA